UGUGUCUGUGUGUGUGUUAGGUUGGUAUAAAAGCUGUGGUACUGCUCGAUAACACACAUCCUCAGACUGAGCUCAGACCAACAGUCAGGAUGCAUAUAGACCUGCUGUGGCUGACUGCUGCGCUUCUAUCUUUCCCGGUGCUUACAAUAUGUGAUCCGCUUAACGUGUUGGUGGCCCCGAACCUGCUGCGCGUGGGGACCCCUGAGAAAGUGUUUGUGGAAGUGCAGGAUUAUAAAGGAGGUAACAUCCCAGUGAAGAUCAGUGUGAAGAACCACCCAAACAAAAUUUCAGAACUGACAUCUCAAUCAGUCGUCCUCACUGCUGAUAAAAACUACCAGGCAAUUUUAGACAUAACGAUUCCUGACAAUAAAGACUUCUUUAGUGAAGACCCACUGGAGAAGCAGUAUGUGUAUCUGCAGGCUGAGUUUCCUUCCAAAGUGCUCGAGAAAGUGGUCUUAGUAUCGUUUCAGUCUGGAUACAUGUUCAUUCAGACAGACAAGAGCAUCUACACACCUGGAACAACAGUUCUUUACAGAAUCUUCUCACUGACUCCUGAUCUGCAGCCUCUUGACAAAAGGGGAGGAAUCUACGUGGAAUUCAUAAAUCCUCAAGGAAUCACAGUUCACAGAGAAACAUUAGAGCUUAAGGAAGGGACCAAUUCAUUUUCAUACCACAUCCCUGGAAUUGCCAAAUCUGGAAUAUGGACUGUAGCAACACGGUACAAAAACACCCCACAGAGGAACUUCACUGCUGAAUUUGAAGUUAAAGAAUAUGUGCUACCGAGCUUCGAGGUAACAUUAAAUCCAUCAAAACCUUUUUUCUACGUGGAUGAUAAGAAACUUAAUGUUGAUAUAACUGCCAAUUACCUGUUUGGAAAAGAUGUGAAUGGUGUUGCAUUUGUGGUGUUUGGCAUUAAGAAUGAUGAGACUAGAACCAGUCUGCCUGCCUCUUUAACCAGAGUACAGAUCAUUAAUGGAAAGGGACGUGCUGAGCUCACUAAAGAGAUGAUCCUACGCUCCUUCUCUGAUAUUAAUCAACUGGUUGGAAGCUUUUUGUACAUUUCUGUCAGUGUUAUAACUGAGACUGGUAGUGAAAUUGUUGAAGCACAGAAGGGGGGCAUUCAAAUUGUGACAUCACCCUACACCAUCCAGUUCAAGAGAACCCCAAAAUUCUACCAUCCAGGAAUGCCUUUCGAUGUCACAGUUUAUGUGACCAAUCCGGACCAGUCACCUGCUGAAAAUGUGGACAUACUGAUCCAGCCUGGUGGCAUUAAGGCUCAAACAAACACUAACGGCAUGGUCAAGGCAUUUGUGAACACACAGGGAGGAGAUAGGCCACUACAUAUCACUGCGAGAACCUCAGCCCAAGGCAUACCAAAUGAAAGACAAGCUGAAAACAAGAUGACUGCCCAACCUUACACCACCAAAGGAGGCUCUGGCAAUUACCUACAUUUAAGUGUAGAUGCUGCAGAACUGAAAAUUGGUGAUCAGUUGAACAUCAAUGUAAUCUUCAAAACUGCUGUCCCCAAUCAAGAUGUAACUUAUCUGGUCCUUAGUAAAGGACAGAUUGUACAAGGAGACAAGUUUCUAAGAAGUGGACACCAGGCAGUUAUUUGGUCUCUACCAGUCACCAAGGACCUGCUUCCCUCAUUUCGAGUGGUUGCGUAUUACCAUGUAGGAUCAUCAGAAGUUGUGUCUGACUCCAUCUGGGUCGAUGUGAAGGACACAUGCAUGGGAACGCUGAAACUGGAUACAGAGAAGAAGACUUUUAAUCCUGGUAAUGAAUUUCAACUCACUGUUACUGGGGAUCCAAAAGCCAAGGUUGGUCUGGUAGCUGUGGAUAAAGCUGUCUUUGUCCUCAACAAGAACAAACUCACACAGACUAAGAUCUGGGACAUUAUUGAGAAGCAUGACACUGGCUGUACAGCAGGCAGUGGUAAAGACAGUAUGGGGGUUUUCUAUGAUGCAGGUCUACUGUUUGAGUCUGAUAAAUUAGGUGGCACCAAUGAAAGAACAGUUCCUGAGUGUCCUACACCACUGAAGAGAAAACGGAGAGCAGAGACUCUACUCCAGGUUACCCAAACACUGAGUGAAGAUGAUGAAGAUGAUGAUGAUGAUGAUGAUGAUGAUGAUGAAUUCAUAAGCUCUGAUGAUAUUUUCCCUCGAACACAUUUCCGUGAGAGCUGGAUGUGGAAGACCAUUGACCUGCCAGAUUGUGAAGAAAACAUUCCAUGUGAUAAAACAAGCCUCACCUUGGAGAAAGACUAUGUCUUAGACUCUGUUACUACCUGGCAAGUCCUAGCCAUCAGUAUGUCCAAGACCCAUGGCAUCUGUGUAGCUGAUCCCUAUGAAAUACAAGUGGAAAAGGAUUUCUUUGUGGAUCUCAAGCUACCUUACUCAGCAGUUCGCAAUGAACAACUAGAAAUCAAGGCUGUUCUGCAUAACUUCUCCCGUGAGAAAAUGAAGGUGCGAGUGGAUUUCUUUGAGACAGAGCAUAUUUGUAGCACAGCCAGUAAAAAGAAGAAAUACCGUACAAUAGUUAAUGUUGAAGCCGAGUCCACCAUUUCCAUCCCUUAUGUGAUUAUUCCCAUGGAACUGGGGAAACAUGACAUAGAGGUGAAGGCUGUUAGUUCAACACGUAGUGAUGGAGUACUAAAAACCCUGAAGGUGGUGUCAGAAGGUGUGCUAACUGAACUCCCAGAACAAAAUUUGGAAUUAAAUCCCUCUAAAGUACCUGGUGGCAUUCAAGUUGUGCAUAUGAAGACUGAUAUACCACCUGGGAAGAUUCCAAACUCUGAAGCACAAACUUACAUCACUGUGGCUGGUGAGGAGUUAAGUCAGACAAUUGAGCAGGUCAUCAGUGGAGAGUUUAUGGGGCGCUUGAUCGUCCAACCCCAUGGCUCUGGAGAGCAAAACAUGAUCUUUAUGACAUUGCCUCUAAUUGCCACACACUACUUAGAUACCACCAGCCAGUGGGAAAGAGUUGGCCUGCACCGACGUAAUGAGGCUAUCAAGCACAUCCAGACAGGAUAUGCACAAGAACUUACAUUCCGUAAACCUGAUGGUUCUUAUGGUACAUGGACACAUACACCUAGUAGCACAUGGUUGACAGCAUACGUGGCCAAAGUCUUUGCUCUGGCUAGUGACCUAAUCAUGAUAAAUGAAGACAUUCUUUGCAGUGCUCUCAAGUGGUUAAAUCUGAAAUCACAGAAGGCAGAUGGCUCAUUUAUAGAAAAUGCCCCAGUCUAUAAUGGAGAGAUGGUUGGUAAUGUACGAGGUAAAGAUGCUGAUGCAUCUCUGACAGCAUUUGUCUUGAUUGCCCUGCAAGAAGGACAACAUCUUUGUGCUAAAUCAGUUGGAAGUCUUCAAGAGUCUACCAGGAAGGCCACUGAGUUUCUGGAAAAAAGACUCCCCUCUUUGACCAAUCCGUAUGCAGUUGCAAUGUCUUCAUAUGCCUUGGCCAAUGCUGGCAAGUUUAACAAACAGCAUCUGCUGCAGGCUUCCACUGAAGACGGUGCUUACUGGAAAGUUGGAGGACAUCACUUCUCCCUGGAGGCAACAGCGUAUGCUGUGCUGGCUCUGGUAAGGGCAAAGGAGUUUGAUGCAGCAGGAAAAGCUGUUCAUUGGCUCAAUAGGCAGAGCAGUCCUUACGGGGGUCAUGGCACCACACAGGCAACCAUACUGGUGUUCCAAGCAGUGGCUGAGUACUAUAAACAAGUAAAAGAUCUUCAGAAUACAGAUCUGACUGUGGCUGUGAGCAUCAAUGGCCGUCAUAAACAAAAAUGGAAUUUCAACAAGAACAAUGCACAUAUUACACGCUCAGAGAAGGUUAAGCUCGGGCAAGAGUUUAAUGUUACUGCUACGGGAACUGGUGCUGGAGUUCUCAAAGUAACAACAGUUUAUUAUGCUAGACCCAUAGAAAAGAAGAGCGACUGCAAAAUGUUUAAUCUUUCUGUUGAAAUGAGACAAGAAUCAAAGGUAUCUUACCCAGAUGCCCAAGAAAGUUACGAGGUCAUCAUUAACAUUCUAUUUAAGGAUCCAGAAAGAGAUGCCACUAUGAGUAUUUUGGAUAUCGGCUUGCUGACAGGAUUUGUGGUGGAUGAAAAUGAUCUUCAAGACCUAACCAUUGGAAGGGACAAAUACAUACAGAAGUUUGAGAUGGACAAACAGCUUUCAGAACGAGGCUCCCUCAUCAUGUAUUUAGAUAAGGUAUCACACUCUUUCCCAGACAGGAUUGUAUUCAGAGUGCACAAGAUAAAUAACGUUGCUUGGCUUCAACCGGCUGUUGUCAGUGUGUAUGAUUACUACUCUCCAGGGGAACGCUGUAUGAAGUUCUACCAUCCUACAAAGAAAGAUGGAGCCCUGGACAGAUUGUGCAGUCACCAGAAAGAUCUGUGCCACUGUGCUGAAGAAAACUGCUGUGUCCAGAAAAAACAAAAAAUUGGUGAGGAAGAACGACAGAACAAAGCUUGUGAAGCUGGCAUGGAUUACGCUUAUAAAGUGAAAUUAAUAAGAGUGGACCACAGCCCAAACACAGAUUAUUAUGAAAUGAAGAUUGAAGGCGUCCUGAAAGAAGGUACUGACCAUAAUGUACUUGACGAAAUAAGGACAUUCAUGGGUCAUGCUAAUUGCAGAGAGUCUUUUGGAUUUGUGGAAGGCAAGAGCUACCUCAUCAUGGGCCACAGUGCUGACCUACCGAGGAUAGAGGGAAAGCUGCAGUACAUCCUGGGUGAGCAGACUUGGAUUGAAUACUGGCCCACAAGCGAGGAAGGUCAAACUCGUCAGUACAAAGAAACUUACAUCGGCAUUGGUGCACUGUCUCAAAUGCUUAAGGACGUUAGGUGCCCUUCAUAAAUAUAUAUAUUUUUUUCUCUAUAUAAAU